UCUACAUUCGACACCACGCUUCAGCUUUCACAUUGGAAACCAGGAUCUGCGAGAUCAGUCCUCCUGCCGGCAUCCGCGAGAAUGUCCUGUCUCAAUGCCCCGUCCACGUAAGUCCACUAGCGCGCCAGUCAAUCGACGGACCAGAAGUGGCUGUUUGACUUGUCGAAAGCGCAAAAUAAAAUGUGGUGAACAGGCCCCGACGUGCGAUCAGUGUAACGCAAAGGGUCUGGAAUGUGUGACCACGGCCCCCUUGAAAUGGGAGACCGAAUAUCUCUCCAGAGGCCUCAGGUUUGGCAGGGCCGGGGUAUGGUCAAAAGACCCUCUCAAGGCAGCUUCGCCUUCAAGCCCGGCACCAGCAGGUGAAGUGACUUUGUGGUGCACAGUCCCUAAAAUAUUCUCAUACAGCUUUGUCAACACGACUGUUGGAACCAUACAAGACCUAAAGACACUGGACUUCGACAGUCAUCCUGAUGAGUGGGUUGCCAAGCCUGAUCGCGCUUGUUCAGAAGCCCAGACUGCCGAGGAGGUGGACACCAAAAGUACCUUAUCGCUCAGUCCUUGGCUUACUACGCGUCAACUGGCGAGGUCUCAAGCAUCGAUCCUGCCACCUCUGGCCGUUUCAGCGCAUCUCUCGAUGAACUUGGGAAAGAACGACACUACUUUGUUGCUUUCCUACUACGUUGAAAAUGUCUGUCCUGUGACUACGGCGAGCUCUUCAUCCAUAUCGCCAUUUGCGUCCUUAUUCAUUCCCUUUGCUAUUACCGCGUCUCCACUUGCCAUGGACUCUAUCCUGGCCUUGGCUGCUUGUCAUCGAUCGAGAAGUGACGGAAACUAUAAACCGACCGCACUCCAACUCAGCCAUGGAGUCCUCAAGACACUGAGAGCUAGGCUCAGAGAUUUGACCCCUGACGAUGUUGCAUUGGAUGUGGAGACCCUGGUCGUCAUGCUACUGCUCUGCAUGUUCGAGAUUGUCAAUGAGUGUGACAAACGAUGGGUCGUACACUUGAAAGGCGCCAGAGAUCUGAUACGAGUACGCCGUCAGAUCGCUCCACGGCUCUUACCCAGCUCGGACGUGAGUCAGCUGGUCCACUUCUGUGAGCGAUUCUUCGCCUUUCAAGAUGUUAUUGGACGUACGGCGUGCGGCGAAGAUCCCGUGUUUGGGACCGACUUUUGGGAAGACAACCCUGAUUGCGAUGCAUGGCUUGGAUGUUCUCCCGAAUUGGUUGCGAUACUGAGCGAGAUCACCGAGCUUGGCCGACAAGACAGAGCAAGUAGAGCUACGAGUCCAUUCCAAGCUGCAACUGCUGGGCUGGAGUACCGCUUGGACAAUCUAGCGCAGAACGUCUGGGACAUGGACGACGACAUUCUGGCUCAGUCCGCUGAACUGAAGAGGCUUUCAGCAGAACUCUACUUACAAUGUCUUCUCAACGGCGCCGACCCGUCAAUAUCAUGGGUGUCGGAUCAAGUCAACAAGAUUCUACGUGCGGUCGCUGCGCUGCUGGAUCGUGGCGUGGCAGCCGGGAUCAGCUGGCCCCUGUUUGUUGCGGCAGUCGAGCUCGACGCGGAUCAUGAUUUUCAGGAUGCUUCAUAUUCUGGAGCCGCCCCAUGGUAUGCACGGCCUUUCGUCCUGUACGCGUUGAAUCAACUGGCGAACUCGAUGGUCAAUAUCACUCGAACUCGCUCCGUGAUUGAGAAAGUAUGGCAAGCAAGAGAUUUGACGCGGAGUGUGAACUCUGAACCUGACCUCGAUAAGAAUGACUGGGAACAACUUAUUGCCCCUCUUUGCGGCAACAUGUCCCUGGCUUAAGUGUCAUCACUCAAGAGCAUGCUGGAAUGACCUAAACGUGGAAUCCCUGCGGGACAAUCGAAACGUACACGGGCGAUUAAAGGACUUCGUCCUUACCCAACAAGUUUCCAUGACUCAACGGCGGAGCAGGGAAGAAUAUCUUGCACAUGCCAGCUUGCCGCAACAUGAGUGCUAAGCGAGGCACCUUUCAAUGAUCCCCCAACUUUGGUAUAUUUGCCGCUAUAUAGAGUUAUCUUGUAUGCAAGGUUAUCACACCAAAGGCGGUGUUCUCCUUUGGCAAUUUGAUUAAUUCGCAAUUUUGUUGCC